AUGCAUUGGAGAUUUGACCAAAUCAAUGAUGCCCAUUUUGAUACUUUUCAAUGGAUUUUCGAAGACAAGUCUUUUCAAUGGAAUAUCGAAGACGGGUCGCAAGUUAUUGCAUACAGUGACCAACCGAAUAGAGUCCUGUUCGUUACCUGGCUGGCAAAUGGAACUGGAAUUUUUCACAUUGCUGGCAAACUGGGAUCGGGAAAGUCUACCUUGAUGAAAUACCUGUGCGAGCACGAUCGCACAACCGAGCUGUUGCAAAAGUGGGCAGGGAACAAGGAGCUUGUAUUUGCACAAUUUUUCUUCUGGAGGGCUGGUGGGGAUUAUGAAAAAUCGCUGAGCGGUCUGCUUCGUUCUCUCCUCCAUGAUACUCUAGAACAAUGUCCGGAUCUGAUCCCUUCUGUGCUUCCACGGCAGUGGCAGAAGAUGAUGUCGCUGGACUGGCGAGCUAGGUCGAAGCUGCACCUCUCCAAAAAGGAGAUCCGAGAUGCACUAUGCAUUUCCAUGGACGGAUUGGACGAAUACGAAGAGACUUGUCAGGAAGAUUAUAGGGAUCUGGUUGAGCUGCUUUUCAGUUGGACCAGGGCCGCACCGGCAGACGUGAAGCUCUGCGUUUCAAGCAGGGAAUAUGAAGUCUUUCGCAACGCUUUCAGUGACGACAAGAGACUCCGGCUACAGGAUCUCACUCGCAAGGAUAUCGAAAGUGUCGUCCGACACCGAUUGAACGGCUUCGAGAUAUCCGAAACGAAUGGCGUGAGUGCAGACAAUAAUAAAGAACCCUUGGUGACAGAAAUAAUCGACAGAGCCGACGGGGUCUUCCUGUGGGUCGCUUUGGUCCUCAAGUCAGUCAGGGAAGGGUUGCAGUACGAUAAUCGACUUUCUAGCCUCAUUCAAAAGGUUCGACACAUGCCUCAGGAUAUGGAACCCCUGUUUCACCAUCUUCUCGACUCGAUUAGCCCAUCCGACCGGAGAGCAGCCUAUCGCACGUUUGCCGUUGUCCUGGAGCUGCAAAAGUCCGAGUGUCUGGAGAUGUCUCUACUGCGAUACAGUUUCCUUGAAGACUACGAUACCGACGGUAAUUUUGCUAUGGAUAGGGAUUUCAAGGAUUCUAGUUCGAACAACGAUGAAAUAACUUCCAGAAUGGAACGGGCGCAACGCAGACUCAAUGGUCAAUGCAAGGGCCUUCUUGAAGUACGACAUGACGAAGUCGAAUGGAGAAAGCCUGUUUGCUCACAGUCUGUCACUUUCACCCACCGCUCUGUCUUCGACUUUGUGUCCGGAAACAGCAUUCAGGCCCGCAUGGCAUAUUAUUGGAUUUCGUCGGACGAGAUCGAGAAGGUGAACUUGAUUUUGAUUGUCAAGAGAGAUGAGCUCCAGGAUGAAUUUGGAGUGGCGUUUGUAUGUGUUUUGUACACAGCGGCAUGUCUACAACAUGUGGACUACAUCUCGUGGAAGAUUACCGAAGAUCCCACCCUUCUUAGCGAUGAAGUCAAAUUUGGUAGACUUUUUAGCUCCAUCAUGAGAGGUGUUUAUGACUCAGGCAAUCUUACAGCAUUACGAUUCCUGAUAUCACGUUUGAGGGACGGUCUUCCCCUGAACCCCCGUCUCCUCGGCCAUUGGAAAAACAGUGUGUCUCCGCUUACUAUCUGGGAAUGGACUAUCAUUACAGCAGUGACUCGUCUCUCUGACUAUGAGCAGGCAGAUAGGCGGAUGUUUGGCGAACUUCUGGAGAUGUUUUUGAAAUCCGGUGCGGAUCAGAGUUUGCAACUAUACUAUACUGAUUACGAUGGCCGUGAAUUUUCGUUCAUGACUUCGCGCGAAUUUUGGACCAUGACUUCGGAAGAAUGGACUGAUGAAAUAAUGCUUGCUAUCACUAACAAAAAAAUGAAUACAUUUCUCAGAAAAUAUGGAGGAGCCACGCUUCAUGAGCUCGUCGAUUUCUGGCAGCUGGAAAACGCGGCAGAACUGAAGGAACUCCUCAGUCCUAAACCAAAAAGAAGGCUAGAGAAGGCGUUGGAUCGGAAGAUAAAUCCAAUUGAUGUGAUGAUGAGGCGGAGGAGGAAGAAGCAGAAGCAAUCGCAGGCGAAGCUGAAACUUCAAAAGUUCCAUUGA